AUUCAACAUAACCUACUUUACUAACCUAACUAAAGAUAAAAGAACAUAGUUUUAAUUUUUGAAUAAAAUAUGGAUUUUAUCAUAGACACUGCAGGAAACACUGAUAUUAGUGAUGAUAAUAUUACAGAAAGCACGGAGUUUACCAUAGACACAAUUGGAAACGCAGACAAAUAUGACUCCGAAAGUAAAGAUCUAGAUAGUACAGACUUCCAUAUUGAUAAAAAAGGGUCAUCAUGCAAAGCAGCUAAUCCAUUUCUGGAAGAAUUAUUUAAAGAUUUCGAACAUGUAUUAGAGACGCCUAAAAGGCCUGAACAGAAAACUGAAUCAAGAAACCCUCUGGUAACAGAAAUAUUAGCAGAUUUAGGGGUAAACGAAGAUGGCACAUUAAAAAAAAGAAAUAUUAAACCAAAAAAAAAGUUAAUAAAAGAAAAAGAUAAGAUAGAUGUGAAAAAGAUUUUAGAAAAGUCCAUUAUAACUCCAGACUUUGAAAAAUUGCAUGUGGUACCACCUAUUGAUAUAUCUGACAAGAAACUAAAACAGCAAAGACGAAAAGAGAGAGACCUAACGAAAGGUUCAAAAUGGUAUGGUCUACCAGCGACUGAACUUACAGAUGAAGUGAAAAGAGACUUGGAAGUCCUACAAAUGAGAUCAGUCCUUGAUCCAAAACAUUUCUAUAAAAAGAAUGACUUAAAAGUAUUACCUAAAUAUUUCCAGAUUGGUAAAGUGAUGGAUGCUCCUUUAGACUUCUACAAUGAUCGUGUUCCAAAGAAACAGCGCAAGAAAACUUUGGUAGAUGAACUUUUAGCUGAUGCAGAAUUUAAUAAAUACAACAAGAGGAAGUAUAAGGAAAUAAUUGAAGAAAAGCAGAAGACUCAUUAUAAGGCUUGGAGACAAGCCAAGAGGUUGAAAAAGAAAAAAUAGUUGAUUGAUUUUGUAUAUUUUUAAAUAAAGCAUUUAAGUAAAAUAUAUUUUGGUGAUAUUUCUUUAAAAACAAUAUAAAUACAAAUUUAAAACCCGCCUGUUACUAAAAUAGAAGCCCCAGUCAUGUAGGAACUCUUAUCAGAAGCUAAAAAUGCUAUAACUUCUGCAAUUUCUGAAAAAAAAAAAAAAAAAGAAUAGUAUAAAAUAUUCAAAAUAAUUUUCAUUUUACCUUCUGGUUGUCCAAAUCUGCCUAAGGGAAUCAUGCUCUUAAACUUAUCCUGCACUUUUUCAGGUACAGAUUCAAUCAUUCUUGUUUUGAUCAUUCCUGGAAAAAGUGUAUUAACUCUAAUACCCAUUUUUCCAAACUCUUUUGAGGCAGUUUUUGUUAAAAGUUCAACUCCAGCCUUACUAGCUGUAUAAUUGCUCUGGCCUAUGUUUCCAUAUUUACCAACAAUACUAGAUAUGUUUAUAAUUGAAGCAUUUGGUAAACCAUGUUCGACAAUUGAGUUUGCAAAUGUUUUCAUUACCAAAAAUGUACCCUAAAAUAAGUCUGAUUCAUAAACAUGUCUGUCUUGUAAGAUUUACAAUUUCAUAUAGUUACUUUUAAAUUUAUAUUAAGAACUUCAUCAAAAUCUUCCUCAGAUAACUUUAAGAGGUAGUUAUCUCUGGUAAUGCCUGCACAAUUUACAAUAAUCGUUGGUGGUUUUGUAUACUUUUCCAAGGUUUUCUUCAGAGCAUCUUUUAUGCUUUUGGCUUUUCCUACAUCUAAUUCAACUCCGAGAUGUGGACUUUUUGAUUCAUCGUUUAUUAUUUUCAAUGUUUCAUCCACAGUUUUUGGAGCUUUAUCUGCUACAACAACUGACGCUCCUUCUCUAGAUAAGAUCCUACAUGUCGCUCUGCCUAUACCUUGA